GCCAGGGAUUUUGGAGCGAGGAUGGAGGGCAAGAUCGAUGCCGAUGGCUGCACCUAUACCAGGAUUCGCCGCAAGACUUGCAAUACCGUGGAGGAUCCAGAGACGAGGAAGCCGAUCUUGAGGUGUGAGAGGCUCGAGCAGCUCCUCCGCCACUGCCCUGGGAGGAAGCCCGAGGUCGUGGAGUCCAAGAGAGAGGAGACAGAGGAGGACGUUCCAAGCGAGGAGGAGGGCGAUCACCAGCACAGCCUUGGCUCUAGCAGCGGCAAUCCAUUGUCACGAUUCUCCGAGGCGCUGGAGGAGCAUCUAUCGGGCGAGAUCGAGGGAUUCAUGCGCGCGGCGGAAGAGAUGGCAAACGAGCUGUUUGGGAACUUUGGGAUCUUCAAGCACGGCGAGAGAGAGAGGGGCAGCGACGAGGAGAGAUUCCACCGGAGAGCUCCAUCGCCGCAGCCAUUCGGGCGAGGAAGAAGGGGCGAGGAGAUGGAAGGAGAAGAAAAAGAAGGGGAGGAUUUCGCGGACUUUCGCAAGGGCUUUAAAGAAGUUUGAGCACAAAAAUUAGGGUUCUUACUUUUAGGGUUCUUGAGAGUUUCUAGCUACUGCGCAUUGAAUCGGUUACACGAUCGCCGGAUCUCGCCCGCCCCGCCGGUCUUGACGCCCAAUCUGGAGAGCUUGUCCAUGGAUGCCGCGAAGGAAAAGAAGAACAGCGCUGGAUCUCGAGCGAAUAGCCUGACGAUUUCCCUGGAGGGGAAGGAGGCGAGGAGGCUCUCGUCGGAUGUGAGCAGCGAUCUGCCGGCUUCCAGGUUCUUGAAGUAAUGGUUGUCGAAGGUGAAAGGCGCGGCCUUGUCGAAGAACUCGAUGGCCGUCACAGGGGCUCCUGGCGGGCAGUCCUUCUUGAGUUCCUUCGCGAAGGACGGAUCGAGAGAAGGGUCUGUGCCGUCCAGAGAGGUGUUGACUCCAUAGAGCCUCUGGCUGAAUUGCGAGCAGUGGGAGACCCCGAGCGUGUGAGCGCCUGGAAAAAGAGAAGAUCAUCGAGGCUUUUCGAGCUAGCAGCUACAUAUCCAUACCAGAGAGCGUGACGAGAUCAAGUAAGUUGAGUCCUUUGCUGUGGAAGUUCUUGAGCAGCUCGUCCAGACCAGACCUUGGCGAUGGGAUUUCUCUAAGCGCGCUAUCCGCGCGUGACACUGUUCCAUCCCUCCGUCCGAGCGCCAGAUUCCAGCCCGGCCCUCCCGCCUGGAAGAGUUUAUAAAGAUCAAAACAAGGACACAGAAGCAUGCUGGAAACUUGCCAGGAUCAACAUAUCUCGAGUGACCAUCGCAAGUAUAUCAGCACACGAGACCACACCCGGGCACUGGGCUUCCACGGCUUGCUUCGCGAGAUCGAUCGUAUCAAACGCAUCCUGGACUAAGUCCCGGUUUGCCACGGAGUCUCUCUCGACCGAGGACUGCGGAGUUUGGCCGAUGAGGAUCGAUCCAUCGCAGCCCUGCAUUGUUUGUGGGAUUGGCAAACGCGCUCUACCCGAUCAACACAAACCUCUACGAAGCAGUCGUGGAAGAAAAGCCGAAGAACUUGUGCUGGGUGAUUGGUCAGCUGCUGGAAUCUCCUCAGUGAAACUUGCGCGACGAUGGAUGCGAUGCCUGGGCAGCUCGAGUCGUAGAAACCGGGCCAGAAUUGGUGGGAAGAGCUUGGAAAAAUCACUGCGAUUGCAAUCAAAACAGCCAGAAAUCUCAUCUUGGUUGGACUCCGCAGCUCAAGUUACUGUCAUGCAAUUUAGUUCAUUAUAAUAUAAGUGGGAUUCUUGA